GUUUCUUGCAGAAGAACUGCUUCGAUUCAUCGACUACACGUCAGCGAAAGAGAUUUCGUGAGGUAGUGCCGCGAUAAUUAAUAUUCAUUCCGCAUAUUAUUUACUUCGCCCCGUGUGUAAUAUUUCGUUAUUCAUUCUACAAGAAGGGUUUUUUCGGUGUUUCGCAGAACACGAGUCAGAACAGUUCGUUGAUGCUUGAUAUGUGAGCAUUUUGUAUUCUUAUUGUAGUGACAUUAAUGAUUGGAUAGGAUAGACGAUCAUGAUGAAUUCGACGGGGGUCUGUCGAUGGUUAUUUCUGGCGAUAUAUCUGUCGAUAUGGAUAUUAGAAGCAAGCUCAAAGGAGAUGCGCGUGGUCUGCUACUACACGAAUUGGUCAAUAUACAGACCUGGCGCUGCGAAAUUUAGUCCGCAAAACAUCAACCCCUAUUUGUGUACACAUCUUGUAUAUGCCUUUGGGGGCUUCACCAAAGAUAACACGCUCAAGCCAUUUGACAAGUACCAAGAUAUAGAAAAGGGUGGAUAUGCCAAAUUCACGGGGUUGAAAACAUACAACAAGAAUUUGAAAACGCUCAUUGCCAUAGGAGGGUGGAAUGAAGGAUCCUCUAGGUUUUCUUCAAUGGUGGCGAAUCCCGAGAGGAGAAAGGAAUUGGUGAAGAAUGUUAUAAAGUUUUUAAGACUGAAUCACUUUGACGGCCUGGAUCUAGACUGGGAGUAUCCGGCAUUCAGGGAUGGUGGAAAACCUAGAGAUAAAGAAAAUUACGCUAAUUUAGUACAGGAGCUGAGAGAGGAAUUUGAAAGAGAAUUUGAGAAAACUGGACGGCCACGGCUACUUUUAACUAUGGCAGUUCCAGCAGGAAUAGAAUAUAUCAAUAAAGGAUUCGAUGUGCCAAAACUUACUAAAUAUUUAGAUUGGAUGAAUAUAUUGAGUUAUGAUUACCACUCCGCUUUUGAACCAGCAGUCAAUCAUCACGCCCCUCUUUUCCCUUUAGAAGAAGAUAACGAAUACAAUUUCGACGGGGAUUUGAAUAUCGACCAUACCAUCAAACACUAUCUCAAACUUGGAGCACAGCCCAAUAAACUCGUUGUUGGUAUUCCUACGUAUGGAAGAUCCUAUACCCUCUUCAAUCCAGAUGCUUUCGAAAUUGGAUCACCGGCUGACGGGCCUGGGAGUAUGGGCGAGGCUACCAGGGAAAAUGGAUACCUUGCAUAUUAUGAG